AUGUAUACCGAUUUACUUGAGAGAGGUCCAUCGCUCUUAUUAGAUGAUUAUCAACAAAAUGUGGUUAUUCCAAGUAAAAAUUCCAAAAAGCCUCUUUCAUCACAAGAUGCAGAGGAACUAUUGAAGAAUAAAAAAAUCUUAUCAAUUGAUGAUAUAGAUAUGAUAGAUUUAAGGACAGUAUUUGAUGAUCAGAUGAUCUGUGGUUCACCUAUGUAUUUUGAUUCAGAUCCGGAAGAGAAUAAUGAUCCAAUUACAUUAAAGGAUACCAACCCUAGGCCAAACAGUGCAUUAGUACCAUCAAUGGCAGAUUGUUAUGGUGAUGUCAAUGGGAAUAUAUUUAAGGAGUUACGUGUUGUUCGUGGGAAAUAUAUCAGAGGAUCAUUCCAGGAUUGUGUUAGUGACAUGAAAAAUGAUUUGGAUAGAUGGCUAGUUUACCCAAAACCAUUACCAAAAUUUUGGAAGUUUGAAAAAGAUAAUAGGUUUAAAGAAAAAAUAUCGCAAUCUGUAUCUUCUUCAGACAUUGAUUUAACUUCGAAGGAUUUGAAAAAAGUAAGUAAUCAUGGAUUCUAUUAUCCACACAACAUAGAUGAAGAAUAUUUUUUAGGUAGGAAAAAGAAAAAUCCACAUUAUACAGGUGAAUAUUUUAAUAUUCAUUUAUAUGAAAAGGCGAGUCAUAAAAAUAUGAUAAAGCAUUCUUUGUUAAGAUUUGGCAAUGAACGAAGAGAUAUUCCCAGUUUUAAAGAGUUUAGACAUGAUUUGACGAACUUAAUUAAAGUCUCACAGACUAAUAAAAUCAAUCAGAUAUCUGAGAGAAGAUUAGUAUACCUAAAGGAUAAAUUUGAAUUAUUCCAGUUUUUAAAACAGAAAUCAGAAAUAUUAGAAAAUAAAAAUGUCCCAUAUCGAGAUUUUUAUAACUCAAGGAAAGUAGAUCUUGAUCUCUUACUAAGUGGAUGUAUGGGGAGACGUCAAUUGAGUGAGUAUAUUUGGGAAAAAUUGAAUAAUGAGCCGGAUCGUAUAGUUUGCGUUACAGAAUAUGGGAAACCAAUUAGAUUAAACCAAUUUUUUGAGAAUGGUAAAAAUGUAGACAAAGGUGACUGUAUCCCAGUAGGGUUAAAACUGAUCGAUGACGAUUUCUUAGAAUGGUAUAAAGAUGUCUAUCUCGUUAGUUAUCAUCUCUUCUGUGCAACUGAGACUUCGAUAAGGGAUUCUUUAAAAGGUAAACAUUAUCGUUAUUAUCUUUUAGCUAAAACGUUUUUAGAAUUUGAUAACCAUAUUGAUGGUGAAUACUUAGCAGAAAUAUUUACAAGGUUUUGCCUUCACACGUUAGAGAAAUCAAAGUAUCAGUUGGCCCAAGUGUCGGUAGAUUAUCAAUACACCAACGAAAAUGGGAGUACUUCUGAUAAUUGGUGGAAGAAAUUUUCAAGUUGGCUCAUGAAAUAUAAUUUAAUAUCUUAUAAUGUUCGUUGGAAUAUUAGAUUCUCAAGAUGCUAUUCUCCACUUUUUGCUUUAGGAAAAGUAAAAAAUUUUCAAGAUUUUAUAAACUUGAUUUUUAACCCUCUGCUUGAAGCAAUGAAUUCGGAUGAUAUUAACUUUCAAUUUACGAUGAGAAACAUUUGUUCUUUUGACUUAGUUAUUAAUCAAACAGAUGAUUAUUUAUGGAAGGUCUUCGAAGAUACUGAUUUGGAACCAAAUAAAUGGACAGCAGGAGGUGAUAAUCCAACAAUUUCGCAGUACAUGUAUGCAGUUUAUAAUAGCUUGUCGGAAAUUAAUCAAAUACGACAUAACUGUUUUCAAAAUACCAUUGUUUUAAGAAGUUAUUGUUGUCCUUAUAUUACUAAGAAUAGAACCUCUCAGUUUAGUACCGCUGAUGUUAUCUUUAAUGAGCAAAUCGAAUCAUUGGCUUGCAAUCUACUUCUGUGUAAUGGUGGUCUUUUGCAGAGUGAGCCAAUCUGGGAGGCACCAUCAUUAUUACUCUACAUGUAUUAUUUGUUUCAAAUCCCAAUGGUUGUCUCACCCUUGUCAUCUGUGUCACAUGGAACUACUCUGAUUGAGGAUUAUCAUAAUCAAGAAAUAUCUAAUGAUGAAGAGAACAUUGAGAAGAAUUUUGUGACUGAGAGGCGAGAAGAGAAUAAACUAAGAAAUUUGACGGUUAUAAACGGAAGAAGUUAUAAUAAAAACCCAUUUAUGAGUCUAUUUAAAAUUGGGUUUAAGGUGUCUCUUUCUUCAGAAUCGGUUCUAUUCAAUUCAUCAUACACCCAAGAACCAAUGAUGGAGGAAUAUAGUGUUGCAGCGAGUAUAUAUUUGUUAAACGCCGCCGAUCUUUGUGAGUUAACCAGGAACUCUGUACUCUUCAGUGGGUACGAUGGAUGGUAUAAAUCGCACUGGAUUGGAGCAGUGGUUAGGAAAAGACAAGAUGAAGAGGUAAUUAGUGAACCAAUAGGUAUGCUCGACGUAUGGUACGAUAAAGAAAGAGAUACAAGAGAGAGACAUAAUGUACCCUUUUUAAGAAGGUGUUUUAGAAAUGAAACAUUAGCACAAGAAUGGAUGUUUACCCAAGAUGACUUCUAG